UCUCUCUGGUUCUGGCUCUCUCAUCAUCCCCAGCCCCCAGGCUCUUCAGACUUCAAUACCUAAUACCCAUCAUCUCCGAUUACUCCAGCUCGGCAGCGGGGCGAAGUGGGUGACUAACGAGUAUCCAUCAUCAUUGACGAAGUGGGCGAAAUACGAUAACCGUAAACCAAGCUGUGACCAGUGACCACCGUCCAUCAAUCCAUCAAAGGAUUGGAGUCCAAUUUCGAGUUCCUCUGUAAAUUUAGGUUCGUUGUCCUAGGUGUCGGGGAUUGUCUUGAAGGUGUCUGGUGUCGGAGUCAACAGAAACAAUGGCAUUUUUAGCAGUCUUGGUGGUUGACAGCGAGAGAUAGAGCUUCGGUGGGGCGUUGGGAGUAGGGGAGGGCGUUCAUUGAGUCCAUGGAAUGGGCGGUGGCGAUGGCCUGAGUUCGGUGGAUAGAGGCCGAGUCGUCGACGUAGAGCCGGAGUUUGUGGAGAAGGCCUGAAUUCCAGGUAUGAACUGCAGAUCUUGCACCAACGUCGAGUCUUGAGUCUCCGCCUGGCUGUCGGAGUAGCGAACCAACGCCGCCGUCGAGGAAGUCCUCUAGCUGCUUCUGCUGUUAGGGCGGCGACGACAGGGGUAGUGGUUGAACAAGAACAACAGUCAGAUCUUCGAAAAGCUGUGGGAAUUUUGGAAAUGAGUGAAGUGGCGACACCCGAUGCGGGUGAAGGGAAUGACGGACAGAGAUCAUUCUUGGAUUUGGGGUCAUAUGUUGCGGAUUUGAAUGUAGAAGAUGAUGCAACAAGUGAGGGUAUAUCACUUGAAGGGUUAGAGGUAGAACUAGAAGAGUGUAAAAGUGAUGAUGUAGUUGCAAACAUACUGUCUAAAGGCAUGAAAUUGCGUGAAUACACAAAGGGAGUUGAAAACAAUUUACGGCAGGUUGAACUGGACUCUAUCCAGGAUUACAUAAAAGAAAGUGACAACCUAGUCUCACUUCAUGAUCAAAUUCGUGGCUGCGAUAUUAUUCUUUCACAAAUGGAAGCUCUACUUAGUGGAUUUCAGACAGAAAUAGGUUCUAUAAGCUCAGACAUAAAAAUUCUUCAAGAGAAGUCUAUGGAUAUGGGACUGAAGCUGAAGAAUCGCAAGGUGGCAGAGUCAAAAUUGUCAAAAUUUGUUGAAGAUAUUAUUGUUCCACCAAGGAUGAUUGACAUUAUUGUUGAUGGAGAGGUAAAUGAGGAAUAUAUGAGAACUUUGGAGAUUCUGAGUAAAAAGCUGAAGUUUGCUGAAGGAGAUCCAAUAGUUAAAUCAUCAAAAGCCCUAAAAGAUGUUCAACCUGAACUUGAGAAACUAAGACAGAAGGCGGUAUCAAAGGUGUUUGACUUUAUGGUUCAGAAGCUAUAUGCAUUGAGGAAACCAAAAACAAAUAUCCAGAUCCUUCAACAGAGUGUUCUUUUGAAAUAUAAGUUUAUUAUAUCCUUCCUCAAGGAGCAUGGAAAGGAGGUAUAUCUUGAGGUUCGAGCAGCUUAUAUUGACACAAUGAACAAGGUUUUAAGUGCACAGUUCCGUGCUUAUAUUCAAGCAUUAGAGAAACUGCAAUUGGAUAUAGCAACAUCUAGUGAUCUAAUUGGUGUUGAGGCAAGAAGCAGUAGCCUUUUCUCCAGAGGAAAAGAGCCAUUAAAGAAUCGGUCUGCAGUUUUUGCUUUGGGUGAAAGGAUCAACAUUCUUAAGGAAAUUGAGGAACCUCCUUUGAUUCCACAUAUAUCUGAAGCCAGCUCGAAAAAGUAUCCCUACGAAGUUCUCUUCAGGAGCUUGCACAAACUGCUUUUGGAUACAGCUUCUUCUGAGUAUCUUUUCUGUGAUGUUUUCUCUGGGGAGGAGUCUAUGUUUUAUGAUAUAUUUGCAGGUCCAUUUGCUGUAAUUGAUGAGCACUUCAACUCAGUCCUUCCAAAUUCAUUUGAUGCAAUUGGCCUGAUGCUCAUGAUUCGGAUCAUUCAUCAGCACCAGCUUUUAAUGUCUCGCCGCGGAAUUCCAUGCUUGGAUUCAUUUUUAGAUAAGGUCAACAUUGCAUUAUGGCCACGUUUCAAGAUGGUAUUUGAUUUGCAACUCAAUAGCCUGCGGAAUGCCAAUAUCAGAACUCUCUGGGAGGAUGAUGUUCAUCCACAUUAUGUCAUGAGACGUUAUGCAGAAUUUACUGCCUCACUUAUUCAUCUAAAUGUUGAAUAUGGAGAUGGUCAGCUUGAACUCAAUAUGGAGAGGCUGAGAAUGGCUGUUGAUGACUUGCUUGUGAAGCUUGCAAAAAAGUUCAAAAAACAAAAGCAGCAGACAGUAUUUCUAAUAAACAAUUAUGACAUGACGAUAACUGUUUUGAAGGAAGCUGGUCCAGAUGGUGGUAAAGUUCAACAGCAUUUCGAGGAUUUACUGAAGAACAACACUGCUAUAUUUGUGGAAGAGCUGCUGCUGGAGCACUUCAGUGAUCUUAUCAAGUUUGUUAAGACGAGAGGAUCGGAGGAUCCAAGCUGUGGAUCUGAAGGGCCGAUAACUGCAGCUGAGGUGGAGCCUAUCGUCAAGGACUUUGCAGGGCGAUGGAAGGGGGCGAUAGAGCUGAUGCACAAUGAUGUCAUCACUUCUUUCAGCAAUUUCCUUUGCGGUAUGGACAUACUAAGAGCGGCCUUAACUCAACUGCUGCUGUAUUAUACGAGGCUUUCAGACUCUAUAAAGCGGAUCUCUGGUGGCAAUGCACUGAAUAAGGAUCUCGUCUCCAUUUCUUCAAUCAUGUAUGAGAUCAGAAAAUUCUCGAGGACUUUCUAGCUCACCUCGUCUCUCCUGGCUUCAAGGAUUCGUUUUCAUGUUGCGGUUGCAGUAUGAAUAAUACACACCCUGGGAGAGAAUGGCAGUUUUGUAGCGGCUCGCAACGGGUUACUCAGGUGGUGUGUUCAGGACCCCUUUCUGAGGGAAGCUCUAGCCUCUAGCUUGCAAAGAAGCCUUAUCAUCCAGGAUUAUUAUUCUUAUUAUUUACAAUAAUUUAAAUAUCUAAAAUCUAAAUAAACUUAAAAUUUUAAUAUAAAAUAUUAAUAUUGGGCACCUA